AUGUUUUCAUUAUAUAUUAAUUUCAUUUUUUUAUUUCUUUAUUUUUAUUUUUUUGAAAGAAAAAAAAUAGAAGCAACUUAUUUUAAGAAAAAUUUUCAAAAUAACAAAAUAAAUAUGAUACGCAAUUUGUAUCUCAACCUAAGUAGAGUAAAUAUAUUAAGAUGUACUAGUAAAAUUAAAAAUUAUGAAUUGAGUACGAAGAAAUAUGCAUUAUUAAAUUAUAAAAAAAAUCCUUUUUCGACUUUUGCUUUAAGUAAUGAUGAAAAAGAAGUAGAACACAAAAUUGAUGGGAUAUCUUUUAUUAUCAGAGAUAACACAAAUAUAUAUAAAGAAGAAACAAAAAAUAUUCCUAUUCUAUUAAUUCACGGAUGUUAUGGAUCAAAGAAAAAUUUUCGUCCUUUUAGUAAAAUGUUAAAAUCAAAUAAAAUCAUAACAUUAGAUUUACGAAAUCAUGGGGAUUCUAAACAUACAGAUACUAUGAAGUUUGAUGAAAUGGAAAAUGACAUUAAAAAUGUUUUAGAAAAAAUUCAUAUAAAAAAAUGUUGUUUAGUUGGAUUUAGUAUGGGAGGAAAAGUUUCUAUGUACUGUGCUUUAAAAAAUUCUUCUCUUUUCUCUCACUUAGUAAUAAUGGAUAUAUUACCAAUUAAUUAUAAUUCUAAAGAAAUAUAUGUAAGACAACCAUAUAACAUUGUGCAAAUGACCAAUAUUUUACUUAAUGUUAAAAAAAAGAAUCCACAAAAUAAAAAUCAGUUCUUAAGUUAUCUUAAAGAAGAAUUACCAGAUAUAUCUAGCACUUUCACUCAAUUUAUAUGUAUGUCUCUUAAGGAAAAUGAAACGAAAAAUCAAUUAAAGUGGAAAAUAAAUGUAGAUACAAUGUAUAAUGAAUUGUCUCAUCUUAUGAAUUUUCCUUUAAGUUCAGAUUAUUAUAAAUAUUAUAAUCCUUGUAGUUUCAUUAUAGGUAAGAAAUCUGAUUUAGCUUUUUCUAUACCUAAAUUUAAUAACAUUAUAAAUAGCUAUUUUCCGAAUUCUAAACAAUUCGUUUUAGAUAAUUCAUCACAUACCGUUUACAUUGAUGAAGCACAGGAAUGUGCAAAUAUUAUUAACAAUACAUUGUGUCUAUAA